UGCCAUGCAAGGCCUCUUCUGGCCUAUAAAUACAGGGGUGGCCUCGUCUCACCUUCCUUGAGCACAAGCCAGACAGCCACUCUCCAACCACCACUGGUUAAUUAGCUAUCUAUCUAGCUGAUCAUCACAUACAUACACUAAGCUUAAUUAACAAGGGAGGUAGCGCCAGUAUAUGGGAAGGAGGUCGUCGUUCUUCUGCGCCAUAUUCAGCUUCUCGCGGAGGUCGAGGCGGUACGCCUACGUCGACGACCAGGAUAGCGACUGGGAGCAGCCGCCGGCGCCGGGGCUGCGCAAGGUCAGGUCCAGCGACGACGACUCCGGGUGGUGGGUCGGCGAGCGCGACGUCGACCAGAAGGCCGCCGACUUCAUCGCCAGCUUCCACCAGCGGAGCCUCGUCGCCUGAACCCAUCCACCCAGCUGCCGCCGCCGCCUAUAUAUGUACGUACGUGCGCAGCUAAGGGCGUACGUCCAGGUUAUUACUACGUCUGCCGGGAGCUGGCGCGUACGUACGUGCCUAGCUAGCUUCCCGACGAGCUAGUAUUCAUGUAGACAUAACAAGUGUGUUGGUAUGAUCAUAUGUUAUGUAUCUUCGGUGUGCAGUACGUGUGCGUAAGUACUACUAUCUACGUUUUGUAAGUGUUCUGUCGAAUAAUGCCGCCCAAGACAUGGCAAGGGGUUUAAUGAAA